AUGAGUUCUCAGACUCAGUGUACCCACGCUACUUUACCAGAUACUGGUAUUGGCCAUGACGACGACGACGAUUCAGUAGUCUCUCGACAUGAAACUGACGACACCAAAGCUCAUCGAGAAGCGUCGGUGGUGGCCGGUGUGCCGGUGGCAGUCCACGAGAAAUUGGUUCUCGACGUAAAGGGUCUUCAAGAGACCUUAGGUAAGACCCAAGGCAUGCUUGAUGCGAUACAGAGCUCCCUUCAGGCGAUGGAGCGUGCUAGGACUCAGAGCAAGGCUCAGUUGGACUUGAUGAUUCGCUUGCAGCAAUCCGGGGCAUCUCCCUCGUCGUCGGCACCAGCGCCUCAAAGUUCACAUGGGAAGGAUCCCGGUACUACUUAA